UCGUCGAAUAUGAUCUAGAAUUGGUUGUAAAAAGUAUAAGAAGAUAAAGUGAGAAUUGAAUGAAGAUCAGUUAUUCUUGACUAAAUUACCAUUCGCCUGCACUUGACUACCGGCUAAUCAUCGGUAAAUAAACAUCAACUAUAAACCGGGUCUUGGAUAGUUUCAAGUGAUGUGUAUCAUUCGAAACUGACUGAUAGUCAAAAGUGCUGUUACUGCUACUGUUCAAACCGCCCGAAUGCCAAGCAUCGAAACAAAAGAGUGAAUUUGAAUUUCAUAUACGAGUCGCAUUGUAUCCCUGAUGUACGGACGCCCACACACACAGACGUGGAAGUAUAAGUUUGAUUGCGAGUGAAUGAAGAGUGAAAUUAGAAACAGGAACGACGAGAUAAUGAUGGCAAACUGUUAGUCACGCCAUACCGAGUCUGCAGCUGAGGACCACAUUACAAACCGGAGAAAGAAUAAAAAGGCCUUUCGAGGGGUUCAACACCGUGUUAUACAUUCAUGUGGUAACAAAAAAACAGAUGACCGGAGCCGAGCAUUUAUUCAAAAUGGAUCCUGAAGCUACUUGGCUAUCGCAGAUCACCCAAGACGCCAAUUACAGCAUGGAUAUCAUCGAUAGCGAGCAUUCAAGGUUUUCUAGACCGCUGAGAAAUUUCGCUGCAACCGUGGCAAUUUUGAUAUUGGUAACCGGAGUGGUUGGAAAUCUUUUGACAAUUAUAGCACUCUGCAGGUACCCGAAGGUUCGCAACGUAGCCGCUGCUUUCAUAAUUAGUUUAUGCGUUGCGGAUUUCAUCUUCUGCCUUCUGGUGCUGCCCUUUGAUUCUAUACGUUUCAUCGACAGUCGAUGGGCUGCGAACAAUUUCCUCUGUCACCUGGUGCCGUUCUUGAGAUACGGCAACGUCGGCGUCAGCUUGCUCUCCGUGGCUGCUAUCACUGUCAACAGGUACAUCAUGAUAGCUCAUCACGAGAAAUACAACAAGGUUUAUAAAAAGCAUUGGAUCGCGUUGAUGAUCGUCUUCUGCUGGUGUUUUUCGUACGGCAUGCAAGUCCCAACGCUGUUAGGAGUUUGGGGCAAAUUCGAUUACGAUCCCAAUCUUGAGACCUGUUCUAUCGUGAAAGACACCCAGGGUCACAGCUCCAAGACCUUCCUGUUCGUCAUGGGAUUCUUAAUACCAUGCAUCAUGAUCGUGGGAUGCUAUGCGAAGAUAUUUUGGGUCGUUCACAGAUCCGAAUCACGAAUGAGAAAACACGCCGCACCGACUAUCAAGUCACCACACUCACCCAGGAAGGAUGUGAGGGAGAUAAAACAGCGGAGAAGCGAGUGGCGCAUCACCAAAAUGGUCCUUGCUAUUUUUCUCAGUUUCCUAGCGUGCUAUUUGCCCAUCACGAUCGUCAAGGUCGCUGAUGCUUCCGUCGAGCAUCCUGGACUCCACGUUGCCGGCUACCUUUUGCUUUACUUCGCCUCCUGCGUGAAUCCAAUAAUCUACGUGAUAAUGAACAAGCAAUACAGGCAGGCUUACGCCGGGGUUAUAAGCUGUUCGAGCAUCCGGGCAUCGCUAACUCCUCACGGGAGCAGCGCGCCACCACAGAACAAUUUACACCAAGUUUCAGGUGUAGCUGACUCGAACUACCCAAACAUUUUUUUACUUAAAACCAUUCCAUGAAAACCACACUCGGACGUUUGCAUGUUCGGUGGCAGUGAAUAUAGACUCUUCAAGAGAUAGCUACAGCAGAACUAUGGUGUCCACCGUAUCCGUGGCUAUGAACCCGAUGAGUCCAACGAGAGAUUCGCACUCCAACAAUAUAUUGUGAUUUUCCAAAGAACUAAAAAAAAAAAUAAAGAAAAAAGAAUCGCUCUGAAAUGGCCGUGUUGUAACGAUCUGCAGUAUUUUAAGGGUUGCAAGACUCGGCGAAGUGGAUGAUAAAGCGUCAAGAUUAGCUUGUUAAAGUUACUCUAAGUGAGCCUUAUCGAAUCGUUGCGAUAGCCAAAGCCGUCUUUACGUGGACUUUGUUCAUAUUCUCCGAUUUUAAAGCUUAACUUUUUUCACGGCAGAGGCGAUCGACGAUUUAAAUAAAACGUGGUGAUUCGUGAUCACGCUUAUACAAGAAUCUCGUUAAUUAUACCAAGAAUAGUUAAAUACACUAAUUAAGAAUCACGCGAUCCUCGAGUCUGAAAACGAUUAGGUAUAAUU